GGAGAAACUCAUUCGCCUUCAGCAUGAGAACAAGAUGUUAAAAUUGAACCAAGAAGGUUCUGACAAUGAAAAGAUUGCCUUGUUGCAGAGCCUUCUUGAUGAUGCAAACUUACGUAAGAAUGAACUGGAGACAGAAAACAGAUUGGUAAAUCAGAGACUUCUAGAAGUCCAGUCCCAGGUUGAAGAACUACAAAAAUCUUUGCAGGAUCAAGGUUCAAAAGCUGAAGAUUCAAGCCUUCUGAAAAAGAAACUCGAAGAACAUCUUGAGAAGCUGCAUGAAGCUAACAAUGAGCUACAGAAGAAACGAGCUAUUAUUGAAGAUUUGGAACCAAGAUGCAAUAACAGUUCACUUAAAAUUGAAGAAUUACAAGAAGCUUUACGGAAAAAAGAGGAGGAAAUGAAGCAAAUGGAAGAACGAUACAAAAAGUAUUUGGAAAAGGCCAAAAGCGUUAUCCGCACAUUAGAUCCUAAACAGAACCAGGGUGCUGCUCCUGAGAUUCAGGCACUGAAAAAUCAACUGCAGGAGCGGGACAGAAUGUUUCAUUCCCUGGAGAAAGAAUAUGAGAAAACAAAAAGUCAAAGGGAAACGGAGGAGAAAUUAAUCGUUAGUGCCUGGUACAAUAUGGGGAUGACUCUGCACAAAAAAGCGGCAGAAGACAGACUGGCCAGUACAGGCUCAGGACAGUCCUUCCUGGCUAGGCAAAGACAAGCCACGAGCACAAGGAGAUCUUACCCUGGUCAUGUCCAGCCAGCAACAGCAAGGUAGAGAAGCCUUGCCCUUAGAGAGAAAACUGCCCUGUGAUUCAGGCCACUUUCUGUUGCAAGUGACAACAUUCAAGGAAAAUCAACCAGCAUCCUUUCUCUUUCUCCCUUGUUACCGCUAUUAUUUUACAGUUCAGGAAAAGGUUUUAUUAUGGUUUCUCAUUGUUCUGUAAUGCCCUUUGCUUAU